CACAAACUCAUAUCUUCCCAGAGAUUCGGGUAGAUGCUAUCAAAGUGCUAGAGCUACUAUUGGAUGUCAUUCCAGAAGUAGUAGUCUCCCAAGGAUCCAGUGGACAUGGAGAAAGGGUUCUCAAUGGAUAUCUGGGCUUAUUGGUUAGCACUUCGUCAAGAAGCGAAAGUGCUCACGGUGGUAUCUUCACUGGGUCGAUUUCUCAAAGAAGCAUCCCAGCAAAGAGAAAAUACAGAGAACAACCUCUGACUCAAGAUCUUCCUAUUGAAGUAGAUGAACAGAUCGAAGACCGAAAAACUCCAUCGACUCCAUUUAUUUGGAAUAAUGAUCAAAUGAUGGAAUGCCACCCUUGGGGAGAGGAUGAGCUGGUCAAUGCAAUAGAGGCCGUCUCUUUACCAAGAGAAUCCUCGAACAGUAGCAAAAUGAACGACAUUAUCCCCAUAGCAGAGAAAUUCUUGCACCAAUUCCUGGUUGAUAUGUGCUUGGAGUAUGGUCCUUCGACGCUUCUCGAUCUUGGAGGCAGUGCCAAAGACAAGCUGGAGCUACGUUUAUUGCAUGCCAUUCUGAAGCUUGCACACGCGUUAUAUUUACCUAUGCUGAUG